AUGUUAUCUCGAGCGGCACGUCUAAUAGUGCCCAGAAGGGGCAUCUCGUUAAAUGCUGAGCUCUCUAGGAAACUAGAAACUGCUCAGCACCACCCUGUUAUUGUUGUUGGUGGUGGUCAUGCUGGAUGUGAAGCUGCCACUGGAUCAGCUCGUGCUGGAUCGCCCACCACAUUAAUAACUCCACAAAUCAGCAAAAUAGGCACGGCCUCAUGUAACCCAUCUAUGGGUGGAAUCGGAAAAGGAACUUUGCUUCGAGAGGUCGAUGCUCUCGAUGGUGUGGCACCAAAAGUCACGGACAAGUCUGGUAUCCACUUCACGGUCUUGAAUGCCUCCAAGGGAGCUGCAGUUCAGGGGCCAAGGGCACAAAUCGAUAGAGACAUAUAUCUUAAGGAGAUGCAGAAGGUGAUAUUGAACUACAAAAACUUGAGUGUUUUGGAAGGCUCAGUGGAAGAUAUCAUCAUCGCUCCAUCCGAUCAGAGUAACGAUUUUCAGGGCAGAACGUACGGAACGGUCAGAGGAGUUUGUCUCAAUGAUGGAAGAGUGUUACGGUGCGAGAAUAUCGUUAUCACAACGGGAACUUUUCUCGGCGGAGAGAUCCACAUUGGCAUGGAGCUGUAUCCAUCAGGAAGAAUGGGAGAAGAUGCAACUUUUGGCUUAUCCAAGACUUUGAGAGAUGCUGGAUUCAACCUAGGCAGAUUGAAGACAGGAACGCCACCAAGACUCUCAUCCAAGACGAUUGACUACACCAACUUGUUGCCUCAGAAGUCAGACUACCCUCCCCAGCCAAUGUCUUUCAUGACAAACGAAGUCGCUCUCCAAGACCAGCUUGUCCAGUGUCACCAAACAUUUACAAAUGAAGCAUUUCAUGAACUUGUGGCCAAGAACCUUGACAAGACUAUCCACAUCAGGGAGACCAAAACCUCACACGUCGUCUGGCUCGAGCCUGAAGGCUUAGAUACCGACAUUGUAUACCCUAACGGUAUUUCUUGCACAUUGCCUGCCGACCUUCAAGAACAAAUGGUCAGGUUGCUACCAGGCUGCUCCAACGUCACCAUGACGCAACCAGGUUACGGCGUUGAGUAUGACUAUGUCGAUCCUAGAGAAUUGAAGAGGACACUUGAAACAAAGUUAGUGAAUGGGUUGUACCUUGCCGGACAGAUCAACGGUACUACAGGGUAUGAAGAGGCUGCUGCCCAAGGCUGUGUUGCUGGUAUCAACGCUGGCCUUGCUCUGGCAAAUAAGCCUCCUUUGGAGCUUUUUAGAUCUGAUGGCUACACUGGUGUGGUUAUUGAUGAUUUGAUCACUAAGGGCGUGGAGGAGCCAUACAGAAUGUUUACCUCUCGUUCAGAGUUCCGUUUCACUAUGCGUGCUGACAAUGCUGAUCAAAGACUUACCGAGAAGGGUCACCAUGCUGGUGUUGUUGGUGAGGAGAGAUACAACCAUUUCAAGAAGGAGAUCGGUCAGUUCAACAAUAUAAGGUCCUUCUUGAAAGAUAUCGACUUGUCUGGUGCUCGUUGGACACCAGUGCUCGGUGACCUCGCAGACAAAGUCAACAAGAAGACUAUGGUAGAUGGCUGGAAGCUUUUGUCUUACCAUGACAUCACCCUUGAUGUGAUUCUUCCACGCCUUUACAAGGUCCUUCUUGACAAGGAGCUUCCGCAAGAUUUUUACGACUUGUCAAGAUGGCAAAAACAAAGGAUUGAUGUCGAAAGUCGAUAUGAGCCGUGGCUCAAGCGGGAAGAACGUCAUAUUCGUGCAUUUGAAGCAGAUGAGAAUUUGCUUCUUCCAGAAAAUUAUUUAUACACCAACACCGGCAAACUCAAGCUCUCAAAUGAAGCGCUAGGAGGAUACAGGGUGUUACACCAGCGGCAAUUUUUGAACUUUAUAAAUUAG